GAUCAAUUUAACAUAACGUGUUAAUUCUUCCCUGAUGACCCCCUCCCUCUCAUUAAUGAGCUGCAACUCUCUUUUGCCCCUCAUCCUUCCAUCCACAGGAGUCUCUAAAGACCGGCAGGUCAAAGGCUAAGAAGUUGACGAAAGCCUGUCUUAAAAAGAGGGUACAAGUGAAACUGGUUGAAUAUGACUUUAUAGAAGUGAACUACAUCUCUGAACAGUGCCAGAAGAAGUUUGAGGAGACAUCCGAGAAUGCCAGAAUAUUUUCUGAAAGACACGGCAAGGUUAAACAGGAGAAGUGUUCUACAAAUGAGGAGUUAACUGAUCAAAUAAGGACUAAUAAAAGGGAGCCUCCCAUGUUUGAUGAGAUCCGGCCUGAAUAUAACAGAUACCUGAACAUCCUGUUGAAGCGGCCGCCUUCAGAGUGGCAGGAGGCUCUGAGAACUACAGACCUCAGAGAGCCAGCAAGGGUGCAGGACUCGGAGGGAGGUCUGGACUCCAGUGCAGGUGGAGUCCUCCCCCCCCCCCACACUGACACGCUGGUCACGGAUGGUAACGUGGAUGGCGACAGCUCCCAAUCUGAGGAACAUGUCGUCUCCUCUGAACCCCACCAGAUACUGGACCUGGUGACAGAGUUUACAGAUCAGGUCUUGUCACUGACUCGCAUCUCAAACUGGGUGGAUGAGCCACUGAAGGAGCUCGUGCAGGACAUAGAGACCACCUCUAGGAAAAUGGAAGAGGAUGAUAAGAAACUUACGCUGCAGCUGGGCGAGAUGAAGGACAGGAUCGUCAGCGACCAGGAGAGAGCCGCCACGCUCAAAAAGAAGGUUCAGCUCCACGACUCGUUAAAAACAGAGGACCACGAUACGAUGUCGGAUGCUCUGGGUGUGAAGAUAACUGAAGUGCAUCGCUGCUGCGUGGACUCCCGUAUGACCUACCUCAGCACCUUGGAGAAGCUGGCCAGUGUUGAAUACCGUAUAUCUUUACUGUUCCAGUUCUUGGAGAGCAUCCCUAAAGAGAACCUGAAGACACUGAGGCUGAUCAAGGACAACGAUAGGAGGGGCAGGCUGCGUGAGGAGCAGCUGAGACUGGAGAAGGAGAAGCACUUAGAAAUGCUGAAGAAGUGCAAGCUAAGAUCUAUGGAUGGAAGCAAGAAAAAACCUAGAAGAAAGCUCAUGCCCAGGUGCUUCCCUGUUGAGCAGAAGAUCAGAGUCAGUGAGGAGGACAACCUACCUGCCGAGGAAGAACUCCAUGCCUUCCUCUUCACCACUGAGGACGACGAGUAGAAAAUAAAUCAACACAUGCCAUGAAAAGCCAAACAUGUAGAAAU